AAGACCUGCUUAUGGGAGACGGAAAUUGUGCAAGUUAUGGAAGUGACGGUGUCCUCUCCCCAAAGAUUGCACAAGAACAAAAUAUUUGGAUGCCUGUGCUAUUGCAGAAAUGCCCCCUGUUUGCUGUGGAUGAUGAACAGAAAGCUCCACCUAUAUUUUCUCAAGCACUUCCUCUAAUGCUCUAACCACGUGUGUUGUGAAAUGCCACAUACUUAAUCGGUUCUCCUUCAGAAAGUUCCACUGACACAUUCCUCCUCAAGCGUUGCACCUUACAAAGCUGUUAAAAGGAGUUUCUGCUCAAAUAUUUACUCAUCCUCUGACGCUGUGAAAGAUACUUUGGCCAUAGCAGCAAUCGGCCUACUCACACUCUCUGGGCUAAUGCCUUAGGCUUCUUUGGAAACAAGAGUUUUAUUCGAGGAAUCUUCCAUGCGCAGAACAGAGCGUUUGAGAGGCAGCUGGAACAGAAAAGGCAUGCCUGGUAUGUGAGACAGAGGAGCUUAAAUCCAAACAUCUUCUUUUCUUUAGGAAUUGUUUAGAGCAAAAUUCAGCAGUGGUAUCUAGCGUGCUGGAGCUAGACUUCAGAGUUGUUUUGGAGUGCCGCUGGUAAACGGUUCCACACAAAUAGGGUGGGAGACUCAGAGCUGAUUAAGACUGGACCUUCCAUUUGAAAUCAAAGUAAAGGAAACGAAAACAAAACCGAGAGAGCUGGGGAUAUUCACUCAGCACUGCUUCUAGCAACAGCAGCUUGUGCAAAACAAGAAAAGGGAUGUACUAACUGGUGUGAACUAGACAGGCACUGAAAUAAAGGAAAGAAGCAUCAACUCCAUAACACAUCCAGAAGCUUAUGUGCAUCUUGUAAUUCAUCUCUCUGGGAAGGAGCCUCUGCCCCUCCUUGUGAGAUGAUGGACAACAGCCCUGAGGAUGAAAAGGAAACUGUUGCAGAUGCUGAGAACCAGUCCAUUUCUGAUAUACCUGCUCACAUGUCCUGUGAAGAAUAUGAGGGACUCCCACCAUAUCUAAGAGAGGGAAAUGUCCUCUUUGCUUCUGAGCAAGAUGUUAAAGAAGCCUUCCUACAGUACGCAGCCAGUAAGCGUUGCUAUAGCACAGCCCCUGCAAAGCAAAUGAAAGUCCAGAAUCUCACUCCUCUCAACAUAUACAGAUAUCGUCUGGAGACUUUCACUGAAAUGAGAGACACCCACAUGGCCAGUGAGCUUUAUGAUGGUGGAUUUGUAGACUCCUUUGCUGUUGGAAUACCACCUCUCCCAUGGGAUAUAACAGUGGAUGAACCUCCUUUGUUUACGGACUGUGAAAUGCAUAUUCCAGUGCCCCAUUCGUACUCAGUGGAGGACUGUCCAAACUGCAAAAGACGUGGUGAAACUAUGUGUCAGCCUUGUAAAGGAACUGGCAAGAAAAAGUGUUCGGCUUGUGGUGGGACUGGUUCACAGGAGGACAGCAAUAUCUGCUCGUGGUGCGCAGGUUCAGGAAAGAAUCGUUGCUUCAAUUGCCGUGGCAAUGGCUGGCUGAAGUGUUACCGUUGCAAUGGGAGCGGUGUCUUGCUAUUUCAUACCGAACUUACGAUAACAUGGAAGAACAAUGUUUUAGAACAUGUAGCAGACAAGAAUUCUGGCUUCCCAGUUCACCAUUUGCAAGAAGUGACUGGGAAAGAAAUUGUUAGUGAUGAAGGUUCCUUGGUAUUUCCCAUAGUUGAUUUCCCAGAGCCAUUAGUUGAGGACUAUUCCCGAGCAUUCAUUGCGCAACACAAUAUGCAGUUUACUUCAGAAGGAUUGCACAGAGUCCUGAGGCAGAAACAAACAGUUGAGUUGGUGCCACUCACAAAGGUUGACUAUGAAUGGAAAGAGAGAGUCUAUUCCUUCUACAUCUUUGGCAAUGAGAAUAAAGUAUAUACCAAAGACUAUCCAGCAAAGUGCUGCUGCUCCAUCAUGUGACACGAGGACAGUUUUGGCGGCAUUCAGCAACACAGCUGCUCCCUGUUAUUUGUUCUUCACAGCAACUUGCAGAUUUUUAUUUUAUUUUAUUUGCUGAAGGACAUUUUCUGUAUGAUAUUUAGGGAUUCAGCCAUAGUUCAGCACAGUCAAAGUUGUUUGUGGGUGCUAUUCCUGUACACCGGACAUUUGUCUCUAAUACAUGACUCCAUUGGCUGUGCUUUUCAAUUAGGGAGAUGAAGGAAACUAUUUGUUCUAAUGUACGAAAGAGGAUUCAGUGCAUUUGCUUUCUUGUGGUUGUGCAUUAGGAUGCCUCAAGCUAAGCAUCCUGUAAACUUCUUGUGGAAGUAUAAGCAGUUCAGAAUGAAAUAUAUUCCAGCACUGGGCAUCAUAUUGCACGAAUCUCUGCAGUGAUUUGCAUUCCUCCUCUUAAUUAAGAAGGUCAGGUAAGUGAGGGAUUGAUGGACAGAUUUUUCAUUUGUCUCCUAUACUAGAACAGAUCCCCUCUCGCUGCCAUUUCAGUAUCUGAUUGUACAAGUGCCACAUUUAGCAAGGUCUAUAGCAAGGUCAGAGAAGCUGUGGCCCACCAGGGAUUGCUGGAUUACAACUCCCACCAUCCCUUACCAUUGGCCAUGCUUGCUUGGAAGGGGUCCAGGAGCUCCUCAAGAAUCACAGAUUCUCCAUGCCGGAUCUGAAGGAUCAUAACUGAAGCCACCAUAUAGCAUGCUCUGAUGUUAUUGUAAACAUAGAAUUCAAUGAGAAAAUAUUUUGAAAACUGAGUCUUAGCUGUGAUCAAAUGCCCCAGUACCUGGUGAUCAACAACCUCUGUAAGUACCAGUAUUAAGGCAACUAGCAUCUACAGUGGUACCUCGGGUUACAUUAUGGAAUUCUAUCUGAAGAAAUAUCAGGAUCACCCCAGAGAAGAAUUAGUGUGAGUCUGCAGGAUGAAACUUUUUUUUAAUUUAAGAACACGUCUCAAGUGGUGUAAUACAUUUAAGCAACCCUUUGGAUUUUGUUUCUGUUUUUAAAUUAACUUACAUCAUUGCGUAGAAAAUGAUUAAGUACAAAACUGAUCAGAUUUGCUGGAAUGCUAUGCUAUAGGGGAAUAAUGAGCGAGUCUCCUAAUGGUGGGUUCCUCCCCUGUCCUAAUACUUGCACAAAACAAUGUGGUAUAGCAGUCAGAAUGCUGGACUUAGUCCAAGGAAACCCAUGUUGAAAUUUCCACUGAACCAUGAUACUCAUUAGUUCACAAUGGGUUAAUUACUAAGAAAAAACCCCUCUAUUAUAGCUACAUCUGCCAAUUUUCUAUAUAGGUCCUGCUCUUAUACAUUUAAGGACCUUAUGACAUACAGACGUUAGUCAAGUGAAGCUACUCCCAGCAUGAUGUGAAACUAAGUGAUGCAGGAAAGCCCUUGUCCACCUGGGACCAAAAUAUCCCAGAGUAUCCAUCACCUCCUUAACUUCCUGCUGCUCUGUGAACCAGCCAGAAAAGUCAUUCCCUUGUCAGAGGCCUUUCUCCAUGUCCUCUUGCCACCUGGGCGGGGGAGUUGAAUAGAGAAAGCACCUUCUGUGCUGUGGCCCCCAGACCGUGGAAGAGCUUCCCUAGGGAGACAUACCUAGAGCCAUCCAGAUUGUCUGUGAGUUAAAUAACAUGGCAUAGAAAGCCCAUUCAGGCCAGCCAUUGAUGCUUUUAGCUCCAUAUUGUCUCUUCCCUGACAGCCAGGAUGUCAGACAGGAGUCUUUCGUAGCCCUGCCUGGAGACGCCAGGAACCAAACCUGGGACUUUUUGCAUGCAAAGUGUGCACUCUACCACCUCUCUUACCAUGUUUUUAACUGCUGCUAUUUUAAUAAUUUCACGGUUUUGUCUUAUUUGCAAUUUUCAUUUUAACUUUUGAGUUGCCUUUGAAUAGUUUCUGUCAGAGGCCGUAUAUAUAUAUAUAUUUGUAAUAAAUAACAUAAAUCAA